UAAUCAGCUGUCCUCAGUUGUACUUGUAAUAACAUUCGUGCAAGACAUUUUCAGAAUUAAAUGGAAACACAAGACCGAAACUGUAAUUAAAUUCGACGAAUGAAGAUGUGUGUCGGGGAAAAGAAAACAGACGAUCUGUCAGAAUAUUCCUGGGAAGAAAUCAGGAAACAUAACUCGAAGAAGGACAGAUGGAUCGUCAUUGAAGGAAAUGUCUACAACGUUUCGACUUGGGCCAAGAAGCAUCCAGGCGGCGAAAGAAUAAUUGGCAUUCAUGCCGGAGAAGAUGCCUCGGAUGCCUGGACAGCUUUUCAUGGUAAUAAAGACAUGGUCAUGAAAUAUUUGAAGCCAUUAAAAGUUGGUUACCUUCGUAAAGAAGAGGAUUAUGAGACUGAACUACAGAAAGACUUUAGGGAGUUACGAAGGAAAGUUGAAGAAAUGGGAAUGUUUAAAGCUAGUCCAUGGUUUUUCGGAUUGACCGUGGGUCAGAUAUUAGUCUUUGAACUAUUAGCAGUACUCAAUUUAUGGUAUUUCGGCACUGGAGUCAUACCCUACCUAUUUACAGCUAUAUUACUAGUCACGGCUCAGGCACAAGCUGGAUGGACACAGCAUGACUUCGGACAUUUGUCAGUCUUUAACUCUUCCAAAUGGAACCAUUAUGCUCAUAUAUUUAUAAUCAAUGUUCUGAAGGGAGUUUCAUCUUCUUGGUGGAAUCAUCGUCAUUUUCAACAUCAUGCUAAACCUAACAUUAUUCGUAAAGAUCCAGAUAUUAGACUUGAUUAUUUAUUUUUAAUUGGUAAAAACCUUCCCAUUGAGUGGGGUAAAAAGAAGAAAGGUUUUAUGCCAUAUAAUAAACAGCAAACAUAUUUCUAUUUUAUAUUACCACCGUUCCUAUUGCCUAUAUAUUUCAAUUUUGAAGUACCAUAUUUUUUAUUCAAGUUUCGCAAAUAUUGGGAGAUGUUUUGGAUGUUUAUGUUUUUUGUGAGAUAUGAGCUGAUGUUUUAUCAGUUCCUGGGUUUCUGGGGUACUCUGGGUCUCUAUUUCUUUGUCAGAUUUUUAGAAAGCCAUUGGUUUGUGUGGACAACUCAGAUGAAUCAUAUUCCAAUGGAAGUGGACAAAGAGAAGGGUAGUGAUUGGGUCACAAUGCAGUUAGCUGCCACAUGUAAUGUUGAUCCUUCAUUUUUUAAUGAUUGGUUUACUGGACAUCUUAAUUAUCAAAUAGAACAUCAUUUAUUUCCGUCAAUGCCACGUCACAAUCUGGCUAAAGUGAUGCCUCUAUGUAAAUCAUUGUGUAAGAAACAUGGUAUAGAAUAUACAAGUAAGCCAUUAUUAACUGCCUUUGGAGACAUUGUUGGAUCAUUAAGAAGUUCUGGUGAACUAUGGUAUGAUGCUUAC